CCCAAAUCGCCGCCUCUGAUUCUCGUCAAUCUCGUUCCUCUCUCCCUUCAUUGCCCAGAAAAACGAAAGCCAUCGCCGAUUCUCUCCUCUUCUUCUUGAGCGAACGACGAAACCACACACACAAAAAAAAAAAAAAAAGACAUUCGCCUUCACCCUCUCAGGAUGAAGGUAAAAUCGACAUGCAUGGCUUAUUUAUGCAUUUUAUUAGUUUAAAUUGAAUUUGACUUCUGGGUUUUGGCUUCGCCUGUGGGAAGAAGGAAAUGCGGAGGAGCCGCUGGCGAUCGAGGGAAGGUUAUGUCGUCGAUGACGACUAGAUCUGGGCGAGAUUAAGCUUUGAGUGUGUGUUUUUAUUUUGGUUUUUCUGAUUUGAAAUUGGGGUUUUGAUAUUCUGCUUCUGGAUUUUGAUUUGUGCGAGGGGAAAAUAGUUUGGGAUCGGGCCGCCGACGUCGUCGUCGUAAUUACGGCUACAGGCGAGGUAAACAGACGCGAUACUAUGCUAAACCUACUUUCUUUUUUGUUUAUUUUUAAAUAUUACGACCCUUUUUUUAUUUUUAUUUUCAUUUUUGUCUUUCGUCGGUGGCGAGACUCUGCCAGCGCCAACCUUUCGACUUUAAAAGCAAAGAUUUUGGGAAAGGCAGAGACUUAGGUUAGAAGAGGGAGCUGCAACUGAAAUUAUCGAUAACGAUAAUAACACGUGCUUAAAUAUGAAUGAUCAUAUAAGCAUCAGCAGUGUAC